GCCCAGCAAAGAAACAACCCAAGGCGAGCCCUGACAGGACAGAGCUCCCGAGCCAGCCAGCGACCCCGUUCGCCGGCGGCGGCGCGCUCACCGGCCUGAAAGCCAGCCCCGCCACCGCCUCACUUCCGAAGCCGCUCCGCCACCCGGAUCCCGCGUCUGCGCGCCUGGCCUCCUCCCUCUCCUCUCCUCCGCUCCCCUCCCCUCACUCUCAGGCAGUGGUCCGAUCCCUUCCCCGGCCCCUCGACGCCCGACGGCCGCCGGCGGUUCCCCGUCCGCUUCAGGUGAACACGAUGCUGCGCAGCUUCCCCCAGGCCCGUCGGCUUCUCAAGAGGCUGGGUUUCGAGAAGGGGGACGCCUACUUCUUUAAGCAGAUGGGCAAGGGCAUGCUAUGCACAUACGCGCUUUUUGGCGCCGCGUGGUUCUGGAACGAGACGUCGCCGCUUGGCUGGUGGACGCUCAAGCCACGGCCCAAGGAAGAGAAGGAGAUGGCGCAUCUGUACGAGCGCAGGGAGUUCCCGUACCCGGGCGACGAGGAAGCGGUGGAGGAGUUCAUAAAGAGCGGGGGCGCCCUGGGCACCACGAUCGGGCCCAAGGGGUUCGCGGACGCCAACAUGGACUCGGACAACAUGCAGAAGCAGCUGCAGUCGAAGAAGUUCGACCAGGAGGCGCGCAAGCUGUGGUUCCGGAUGCGCAACGAGGUCGUGCAGGAGCUCCAGGAGAAGGGGUUCGAUGUCGAAUGAAGAUUAGUUUUAUUCCCGCGAAAGAAAGGUGGGGGGAAGGAAUCACGUCUCGAUCAAGUAUUUUUGCAUUGAUAAAAGUAAAAGAAACAUUUCGUGGCAUAAAGUUUGAUGCAUUCAAGUUGAGUUCAAGCCCCUUUUUCUCGGCGGAGAUUAAGUAAAUUCGGUUGCAUCCAGUAUUUUUUUUCCUCUGUUUUCCUGUGAAGUUAAAUAAGUUGUCUUCCUGUA